AUGAUCUUUAUGCAAAUUCUAGAGAUCCAAGAGGUCCCUAGUUUCUUGAUGAUCUGCAAAAGGAGCUCACCUGCCAUGCACAGGACAUGCACGGAUCAUGCACCCCUAGCCAUAGCUCAGGUCUGGCUUCGGGUGAGCCUGGCCAAGGCUGGGAGCAAGAGGAGAGGGCCUGGCAGGGCAGAGGGCACCUUUUUUUCCCUGCUUGCUGCCCUGCAGACUGCUCAGCAUUUUCCAAACCUCCCCACUGCUCCUGGGGGGGGGGCUUCACAGUUGAACAUUGUCAGCCCAGAGCUGACACCCAAGCUGACCACAGCCCUGAAGCAUGCUGAGUGCCUCUUGGACCUGAAUUCCCAUAGUCUGUACCGAAAGCCACGCCCCAAGGCUGCAGUUUACCUCAAUCUCAGUUUGCCUUUGAAAUCUGUUCACAGGCUAUCUCUGAAAAAGUCCUUUGGGUUUGGAAAACGGGACUUUGAAAACAAUUCCAUUUUUAUUGUAGAUUCAGGGGGCACAUGUGCAGGUUUGUCUGGGUAUAUCGGAUGGUGCUGA